AUGGCAUAUCCUGAGAAUGUUGGCAUCAAAGCCAUGGAAAUCUACGUCUCUGGACAGUGUUUGGACCAGUCUCUCUUUGAACAGCACCAAGGCGUCUCAGCGGGUAAAUACACCAUUGGCUUGGGCCUCAAAUAUAUGAACUUCUGCAACGACCGUGAGGAUGCAUCUUCCAUGGCCCUCACUGCCAUAUCCUCGCUCAUGCGAAAGUACAAUAUCGACCCCAACUCGAUUGGUCGCCUCGAAGUUGGCACAGAGUCCUUGGUUGAUAAAGCUAAGUCUGUCAAGACAGUGCUGACCCAGCUCUUCGAGCCUGCCGGGAACACCAGCCUGGAAGGUAUCGACACCAUCAACGCAUGCUACGGUGGCACGAGCGCCUUGUUCAACGCUGUCAACUGGGUCGAGUCCAGAUCGUGGGACGGCCGAAACGCUAUCGUUGUUGCGUCAGAUAUUGCCUUGUACAACGAGCCCGCCUCUCGUCCCACGGGCGGUGCCGGUUGUGUCGCCAUGCUCGUGGGCCCCAAUGCGUUGCUUUCGAUGGAGCCGGCGCUCAAGGGAACCUUCAUGACCCAUGCCUACGACUUUUACAAGCCUGAUCUCAAGGCAGAGUUUCCUCUGGUCAAUGGACAUGAGUCACUUCGGUCGUAUAUGUCGGCGCUGGACGGUUGCUACCAACGUCUUCGUGAGAAGGUAGAAGCAGCUAACCAACGCAUGAACGGACUUGGGCCGAAAACUGACACUAACAACCUGCUGAACAUAUUCGACUACAUGGCAUUUCACACCCCCAACUGCAAGAUUGUGAGCAAGUCGUAUGGACGACUGUUGUACAACGACUUCCGACUGGAUAGUGACAAGAGCCGAUGGGAGGCGACGUUGACGGAAGAGCUCCGCGGGCUCAGCUACGAGGAGUCUCUGAAGAGCAAGGAACUUGAAAAGAUCUUUGUCACCCAGUCCAAGGAUCUCUUCAAAGCGAGAGUUGAGCCCUGCAUUGCCGCUCCCACUUUAUGCGGCAACAUGUAUACAGCUAGUCUGUACUGCUCUCUCAUCAGCUUGAUCAGCAACAUCGAUCUCAGAGACAGUGUCGGGAAGACUAUCGGCAUGUUCAGUUAUGGCAGCGGUAUUGCCAGCACUCUCUAUGGGCUCAAGAUUACGGGAGAUCUCAGCGAGAUGGUCCAGAAGAUUGACCUAAUGAAGCGUCUCGAGCAACGUGAGAUUUGUAAUCCUGAGCAGUAUGAAGAGGCCUGCUCUCUCAGAUUGAAGGCAUAUGGCGCCAAAGGCUAUGAGCCUGCUGGAAGUAUAGAAGUCAUGGCUCCUGGAACGUACUACCUGGAGAGAGUUGAUGAUGCUUACCGCAGGUUCUACGCUGUGAAGCCAUGA